UCCAGUUCAUCUCAUGCCGUGGAUGGUCGCUCGUCAUCAUGGCUUUGAAUAUUAGCUGCUGUUGGAAAGAGCUCUGUCUGCUCUCUUUCCUCCUGAUCUGUGUCAAUGGACAAACAUCAGGGCCAUAUUUCAUGGUGACGUUUCCUGCAGUGAUUGAGUCGGGAUCUGAGGCCAAACUGUGUGCAAGUCUUCUCAAGCCCAAUGAAAGCCUUGUGAUGAACAUUUAUCUGGUUCAUGGUAUCCAGAGCACAUUACUUCUGCAGGAGAAAUCUGAGGAAGAGUUUCAUCGCUGCUUUAACUUCAAGGCUCCUCUGGUCAAGGAAGAAUCAGUGCAGAAAAUGAAGGUCGAACUUCAGGGAGGAGAGACUUUCAAGACGACUGAAGAGAGAAAAGUCAUGUUCAAGCCUUACAAUGCUCUGACUUUUAUCCAGACUGAUAAACCAAUCUAUAUUCCAGGACAGUCAGUGAACUUCAGAGCUGUUACCAUGGAUACAAACUUUGCACCCCUUGAUCAGCAGUAUAGUUCAGUGGUUCUUGAGGACAGUAAAGGUAACCGGAUUGGCCAAUGGACAAAUGUUUCUUCAACAAGGUGGAUUUUGCAGCGUUCUUUUGAAUUAAACCCAGAGGCCCAUCAAGGCAUUUACAAACUGAAGGCUUUUAUUGGUGACAGGAUGAUCUCACAUGAUUUUGAAGUGAAAAAAUAUGUUUUGCCUAAGUUUGAAGUUACUGUAAAAAGUCCAAAUAAAGUAAGUGUUGAAGAAGAGGAUCUGAUAAUUGAGGUUUGCGGAAAAUACACUUACGGACAGCCUGUACCUGGUAAAUCAUGGGUGAAAGUGUGCCCUAAUUUUAGGCCCUACAUUUCUCCAAUCUCUCCCGACAUGUCAUUUUGUGUAAAGGAAACCAUUGAGAUCAAUAAGACAGGCUGUGCCAUCCAUACCUUAAAUGCAUCAGCAAUUUGUGACAACAAACUACCUUUUACAUCUCUUCGUGUUGAUGCAAUGGUUACAGAAGAAGGAACAGAGAUCACCAUGACAAAAUAUAAAUAUGUAUCUCUCACUUAUGAAAUUGGUAAAGUCACAUUUACUGACCUCCCCAAAACAUAUGAACAUGGAUCAGUUAUUGAAGGAAAAAUAAAACUCUCAAAUUUCAAAGGUGCACCAAUUCAAAACAAAACGGUUUAUCUUAUGGAGGGCAACGCUUGGUCUUCAAAACUGCUCCUAGAUCUCACUACAGACAGCGAUGGACUGGCCAACUUCUCUCUUAAUACAUCCAGUCAUUCUAAAAGGGAUAUUAAUCUAAUAGCAAGUGUCUAUCAAGAGGUCACAGAUUCUGACCACCACAAGCGACACACGCCUCACAUCGUUGCCGAUAAAAAAACAGUCCAGCUCUUCCGGCCUCCACACACCCCAACACAAAGUGAAUUGAUUAUAGAGAAUACUGAGCAACCAUUAAAGUGUGACUCUGAGUUUACUGCCACCAUCAAAUAUUAUUUUGUUGGAGAAAAAAUUAAAAAAUUAAAAACUGACAUCGUCUAUGUGGUCUUGUCCAGAGGAGUGAUUGUUCAUCAUGGAUAUGAGAAGGUUGAAGUGAAGAUUUCUGAUGGAGCAAAGGGCUCAGUGUCGUUCAAACUCUCUAUUAGUGCAGAUCUGGCUCCUGUAAUGCAGAUUGUGGCGUACUGUGUUUUUCUGCCCAGUGAAAUGGUUGUUGCUACUAGCAAAAAUUUCAACAUUGAAAAGUGUUUCAAAAACAAGGUAUCUGUGCAGUUUUCUCCUGGUAAAGCAGUUCCUGGUGAGAAAAACACUCUCCAGCUCUCAGCUCAGCCUGGUUCACUGUGUGGCAUCGGUGCUGUAGACCAGAGUGUCCUGAUCCUGAAGUCUGGACAACGUCUGGAUGCUGACAAGAUCUUCAACCUGCUGCCAGUGCAAUCGUGGUCAGAUUACCCUGAGACUGUUGAAGAUGAGCAGUGUCCCUUUAUCCGUUUCCGGACAGACACAUUCACUUAUGAAUCCUUAAAGAGAGUGGGAUUGAAGAUGGCAACAAAUUUGAUUGUGAAAGUCCCCAGGUGUCUGAUGGGUAGAUAUGUACUAACUUAUCAUUUUGACGUGUUCACAUACACAUCACUUAAAACUGCAAAUAUCACUUUUUUUCCAAUAGUUUCUUUCCUAAUGCCAGAUUCGCACCCGAGGUAUAAAGAAGAGGAUUUAUUUCAUUCAGCAGUGACGAUUCGUACUGUCUUCCCAGAAACGUGGAUCUGGGAACUUGCUGAAGUGGGGGACUCUGGGUCAGCGCAGGUUCCUGUCACGGUUCCUGACACCAUCACCUCUUGGGAGACCGAGGUCUUCUGCCUGUCCUCUGAAGGUCUGGGUCUGGCUCCUCCUGCUCAGCUGACCGUUUUCCAGCCCUUCUUCCUAGAGCUCUCUCUGCCUUACUCCAUCAUCCGCGGGGAGAUCUUUGAGCUGAAGGCCACUGUCUUCAACUAUCUGUCCAAGUGCAUCAUGGUUAGAGUGACUCCAGCUCCUUCCUCAGACUACACUCUCGAAGCCUCCUCUGAUGAUCAGUACUCAUCCUGUCUAUGUGCUAAUGGAAGAAAAACCUUUAAAUGGACCCUAACUCCCUCUGUUCUUGGAGUCUUAAACAUUACAGUCAGUGCAGAGGCAGAGGCGUCCCAGACUGUGUGUGACAAUGAGAUUGUGAGCGUCCCGGAGAGAGGACGCAUUGACACGGUCACACGAAGUCUACUCGUACAGGCGGAAGGAACUGAAAAGACAGAGACUCACAGCUGGUUCCUGUGUCCAAAGGGUGACAGUCUCUCAGAGGAAGUGGCUCUGACUCUUCCUAAAGAUGUGAUCGAGGGAUCAGCCAGAUCCUCUGUUUCAGUCAUUGGAGACAUAUUGGGUUGUGCACUGAGGAACCUUCAUGGAUUAUUACGGAUGCCGUACGGCUGUGGAGAGCAAAACAUGGCUGUACUUUCUCCCAAUAUUUACAUUCUGGAGUAUCUGGAGAACACGGAUCAGCUCACCUCGGCCAUCCGAGAGAGAGCCACGGGCUUCCUGAAGAGCGGAUACCAGAGGCAAAUGAACUACAAGCAUGUGGAUGGGUCAUACAGCACAUUUGGUAAUGGUGAAGGGAAUACAUGGUUGACUGCCUUUGUGCUGAGGUCCUUUGGCAAAGCACAGAAAUACAUAUUUAUUGAUCCAAAAAUUAUUCAGAGUGCAAAGAUGUGGUUAAUAAGCAGACGGGAUUCAGACGGCUGUUUUAUCCAACAGGGAACCCUGUUCAACAACAGAAUGAAGGGUGGGGUGAAUGAUAAUGUGACCAUGACGGCCUACAUUACUGCAUCAUUGCUUGAACUGAAAAAUCCAGUCACAGAUCUUGUCGUCAGUAAAGGUUUGUCAUGCUUGAGGUCCGUCAUUGAGGAUGUCAAAAACACAUACGCCACUGCCCUGCUCGCCUACACUUUCAGUCUGGCUCGAGACACGGACACUCGACAGCAGCUUUUCAAGAAACUGGAGGAUGUUGCUAUUUCAGAUGGCUCUUCUCUCCACUGGUCUCAGUCUGGCUCUGCUGAUGACUCUGAUUCUCUGGCAGUGGAGAUCAGCUCAUAUGUGCUGCUGGCUGUUCUCACUGCAGAUUCAGUCACUACAGCUGAUCUGGGCCGUGCUAACAGGAUUGUCAGCUGGCUUGUCAAACAGCAGAAUGCUAAUGGAGGAUUCUCCUCCACACAGGACACAGUGGUGGCUCUUCAGGCUCUGUCUUUGUACGCCACCAAAGUGUUCAGCUCUGGCGGCUCCAGCACAGUGACGGUACGGUUAGCAGGAGACACUCACCUCUUUAAUGUCAAUCAGGACAACAAGUUACUGUACCAGGAGAAGCAGCUGCAGAAACUUCCAGCCCAAUACAGCAUUGAAGUGAAGGGCUCAACCUGUGUGUCUGUGCAGAUGUCUCAGUUCUACAACAUUCCCACUCCUACUGAAGCAAAAACAUUGAGCAUUGAUGCCAAGAUUGAGGGAGAUUGCAAAACAUUGGGACAAAAUUUCAUUUUGUACUUCACUGUCAAAUAUGAUGGUCUACAGGAAAGGACUAACAUGGUCAUUGUGGAUAUUAAACUCUUAUCUGGAUUCACAGCUGAUACAUCAAUGCUUAAAACUUCUUCCGGAACGUACAGAAACCUUGUGGAACGGGUCGAUUCUAAAGAUGAUCAUGUCAUUGUAUAUUUGAAGGAGAUCCCACAAAAUAUUCCAGUGAAUUACCAGAUACAAAUGAAACAGGUUCUUCAAGUGAAGAAUCUCAAGCCAGCUCUGAUUAAAGUGUACGAUUACUACCAAACAAGUGAUCAGUCAGAGGCCGAGUACUUCUUCCACUGUGAAUGAAGCUGAAGUGCGUCACCUUAUAGUUCAGCUUGGAAAAAGAUGGUUGAACUCUCUAAUGUUUAAUAUUAUAAUGUUUAUUCUUUAUCUUGGACAAAAUCAUUUCCAAUCCAUCAGCCCAAAUUUAAACAAAUCCCCAAAUCCUAAUCAGUUUUUGGCUACGUCUCUUGAGAUCAUGACUUAUCAAUUCACAAUGCAUAUGAUUAAUAAAAGUGGUGAAAGCAA